AUGGUAACCCCAUCUUCUCAAUCAUCAUUACCAUCACCAUCAUCACCGUCGUCGUCGUCGUCAUCAUCAUCAUUAUCAUCAUCAUCAUCCUCACCAUCAUCAUCAUCAUCAUCCGAAUCAUCAUCAUCAUCCGAAUCAUCAUCAUCAUCAUCAUCAUCAUCAUCAUCAUCAUCAUCAUCAUCAUCAUCAUCAUCAUCAUCAUCAUCCGAAUCAUCAUCAUCAUCCGAAUCAUCAUCAUCAUCAUCAUCAUCAUCAUCAUCAUCAUCAUCAUCAUCAUCAUCAUCAUCAUCAUCAUCAUCAUCAUCAUCAUCAUCCAAAUCAUCAUCAUCAUCAUCAUCAUCAUCAUCAUCAUCAUCAUCAUCAUCAUCAUCCGAAUCAUCAUCAUCAUCAUCAUCAUCAUCAUCAUCAUCAUCAUCAUCAUCAUCAUCAUCAUCAUCAUCAUCAUCAUCAUCAUCAUCAUCAUCAUCAUCAUCAUCAUCAUCAUCAUCAUCAUCAUCAUCAUCAUCCGAAUCAUCAUCAUCAUCCGAAUCAUCAUCAUCAUCAUCAUCCGAAUCAUCAUCAUCAUCAUCCGAAUCAUCAUCAUCAUCCAAAUCAUCAUCAUCAUCCAAAUCAUCAUCAUCAUCAUCAUCAUCAUAUGUCUAGAACAGUUUAUACCAAAAUCACCUAAGUAUGAAUUUUCAAGUACUCAUCUAUAUUACAAUAAAUUACAUAAUUCCAUAAUGAAAUAAAAUGGGGGGGGAAAGGAAACCAUGAAUGAUUCUUUUUAUUGUUUCCGUUCAUUUAACCUAAAGAAUCAUUACGUAAUCCAUUUUGAUUAAAGUAAAUUUCUCUUAACUUAAAUAUUUAGUAUAUAGAUACAUAUAUAUAAUGCCCCCUUUCUUUUCUUUUCUUUUUUUCUCUUUUUUUUAUCACAUAACUAACAUUAUAUUUUAACACAUAAACACCUCCCUCAUCCCCACAUAAACACGCACCUACCCCCACAAACAAUCAAUAAAAAAAACAAAAAAUAUAUAUUCAGCCUAGAAACUGGAAUACUUCUAUG